AUGCCGGCCGAUACCUGUCCCUCAACGCAGUAUGGCUCAGCGAUGGGCUUUCUCUACAUCUUCAAUCUCAUUGUUGGCACAGGAGCAUUGGCAUUACCGAAAGCCUUUCAGAAUGCCGGCUAUAUUCUUAGCGUUGUACUCCUAUUUGUCUCGGGCUUUGUAAGUUACAUAGCAGCAACCUUCGUUAUUGAAUCGCUUUGCGUAGCAAACGCUGUAAAUGCUCGAAAGUGUAAGGAAGAAGAGAAGCAGUCUAGACAAUUUGAUGAUGUGGUUAUCACAGAAAGCGGUCCGUCGUCAUUCGAAAUCAAAGAAAAAGUCGAAUUUGGCAAAAUGGCGUCAAUGUUUAUGGGUCGCAUUGGAGUGAUAUUCUGUUAUCUAGCAUUAAGUAUCUACCUCUGGGGAGAUAUCGCCAUAUACACUGUGACGGUCCCCAAAUCUCUUAUGAAUGUCAUAUGUGCUCCUAUCAACACAUCUAUUGUAAGGCCAACGGAUCCAUGUCGAGAAAAUUGGCCGGAGUUUUUUCAACGUUUCACAGUUUAUCGACUUUGUAUAGUUGUCUUUAUAAUGGUAUGCACACCAAUGGUUAUCAUUGGUAUAACAAAAACAAAAUACUUACAGCUAACAACGUCAGUUUGCAGAUGGACUGCCUUCAUUCUAAUGAUAUGCUUGGCUAUUGUACAAAUUGCGAACAGCGGCCCUGCAGCUAGCCCUCCUGCUGCUGAUGUUCAUGGAUUUGGUUCACUGUUUGGUGUCGCAGUAUAUGCCUUCAUGUGCCAUCAUAGUAUUCCGGCCAUAAUUACCCCUAUGAGAGUAAAAACUGGUUUGUAUUUCAAGCUGUCUGGCGUAUACCUCCUUGUAUUAUCGUUUUACUUCACGCUUUCUAUAACUGGUUCAUUUGCGUUCCGCCACGUGCAGGAUGUGUAUACUUUGAAUUUUCUUCACGACAACAUGACUUCGGUGUUUUACUUCAUAUGUGAUCAUUUCCUUGCAUUGUUUCCUGUGUUUACAAUUACAACUAGUUAUCCAAUUUUGGCAACGACUUUAAUAAAUAACAUACGAGUUUUACGGGAUACGGUCAUCCCACCCGGUUCACGAGUAUCGUCAGAAGAAGAAUCAUUGUUAGAAGAUGAUGAUGAUGAUGAGCGUGAUUCUAGGCUGAGGAGGAGUAGCCGUACUGAUCAACGAUAUGACUUUAUCAUUCCCACGCUGGUCAUAGGAGUUCCAACGCUGAUAGCGCCAUGUUUACGGACAACGUGUUAUUACUGGCUACAAUCACGGGCUCUUAUCCAGGUGUCGCAGUGCAAUUUCUUAUUCCGUGCUGGUUGGUGGUAA